UUCCAUAGCAAGUUUUUGACGACGUCGGUAUGAAAUGGCAGAAACUGCGUUUGUCACGGAAGCACAACGAUUAGGUUACGUAGUACACAUGUAUUUUGCAGAUCCAGGCCUGCAAGUGGAAGGAAUCGCAGUGUCUUCAGAGGUUGUCUUGCUAACGAGAAAUUAGUAUAAGAUCUGUAAACAUUCCUUUGCAUAUUCUCUAUAUUUUAUCGGAAUUCCAGCAACAGCGGUUGGACAGUUUUGGAAUUACUGACGAUUAUUUUGAAGUGGGGUCUUGACACAAAAGUUCCACUUGGAUGCCCAAAAUACAGUCCAUAUUUCAUAAUGAAUCGGAAUAAGCGUGAGAAGGAGUAUUACAGCUUAGAUGUCGGUGAUUCCACUUUUACGGUUUUGAAGCGCUACCAGAAUUUGAGACCCAUAGGUUCUGGAGCGCAGGGAAUUGUCUGCUCUGCAUAUGACCACAACCUUGAACGGAAUGUUGCAAUAAAAAAACUAAGCCGGCCUUUCCAGAACCAGACCCAUGCAAAAAGAGCUUACAGAGAACUGGUGCUCAUGAAGUGUGUCAACCAUAAGAAUAUUAUUGGCCUCUUAAAUGUAUUCACACCACAGAAGACGCUGGAAGAAUUUCAAGAUGUGUAUAUAGUGAUGGAGCUGAUGGAUGCCAACCUGUGCCAGGUGAUUCAGAUGGAGCUGGACCAUGAGCGCCUGUCCUAUUUACUCUACCAGAUGUUGUGUGGCAUCAAGCACCUUCACGCCGCCGGCAUCAUACACAGGGAUUUAAAACCCAGCAACAUUGUGGUGAAGUCCGACUGCACGCUGAAGAUCCUGGACUUUGGAUUGGCCAGGACGGCUGCCACGGGUCUCCUGAUGACCCCGUACGUGGUGACCCGCUAUUACCGCGCUCCUGAAGUCAUCUUGGGCAUGGGCUACCAGGCCAAUGUGGAUAUAUGGGCUGUGGGCUGCAUUAUGGCAGAAAUGGUUCGCCACAAAAUCCUUUUUCCAGGAAGGGAUUAUAUUGACCAGUGGAACAAGGUGAUUGAGCAGCUUGGGACUCCCAGCCAGGAGUUCCUGAUGAAACUCAACCAGUCGGUGAGGACCUAUGUGGAGAACAGACCCCGCUACGCUGGCUAUACCUUCGAAAAGCUCUUCCCCGACGUCCUCUUCCCAGCGGACUCCGAGCACAACAAGCUGAAAGCAAGUCAAGCUAGAGACCUUUUAUCGAAGAUGCUGGUAAUAGAUGCAUCCAAACGUAUCUCAGUGAGCGAGGCUCUCCAGCACCCCUACAUCAACGUGUGGUAUGAUCCAACAGAGGUGGAGGCGCCCCCACCGCUGAUCACCGACAAACAGCUGGAUGAGAGGGAGCACACAGUAGAGGAGUGGAAAGAUUUAAUAUACAUGGAGGUCCAGGAUUGGGAGGAGAGAACAAAGAAUGGAGUAAUCCGGGGACAGCCAGCAUCUUUAGGUGCAGCAGUGAGCAUUGGCUCCCAGCCACCUUGUACGUCGUCCUCGUCCGUCAAUGACGUGUCCUCAGUGUCCACCAAUCCCUCCCUGGCCUCAGACAGCAGCCUGGAGACAGUCUAUACCACAGAGCCGCUGGGCUGCUGCAGAUGACUUUCACCCUGCCCUGUUCCACCAGGCCCCUCCGCUUGUCUUCGGUGGCGUAGAGUUUAGGCCAGUUUUGUUGUGUGUUUGUUUAAAAAAAAAAAAUGUUAAACUUUUUUUUUUUUUCUCAAACUACUACUAGAGAGUAAUUUUUAUUUUAUUUGUAUUUUUUAGUCCAGACUGUAAUUUAUUGUGGCAUAUAUGUUAUUUUUUUUAUUUUUUUUUUACCUAAGAGUGUGGUGAGUUCACUACGCUGUGUUUUCAGUUGAAGGUGAACAUUUAAGAAUCUAUAAAAGCUUGUUACAAGCUUUGUAGAUGUUUAAAUUUUUUUUGUCUUUAUUUCUUUCUUUUUUUUCAAGCUACUGCUAUUUCAACUGGCCAUAUUGAUGUAGAAUGAGUGUGUACAGAUUCUAUGGUGAAUAUAUUUUUUUCUAUCUGAGUUUGCCGUGAGCCAUUUUAACCAUAAAUAAAUUGGUAAAUGUGUGAGUGUAGUACUCCCCUUCAGAACAGUCAUUUAUUUGUCUACUUUAUCUAGUUCCUAUGAGACAUUGUGAUGAAUGCAUAUCCAUUAGUUUGGAUUUAGCAUUAUAAUUUAGUUUUUACUUGUAAGAAAAAAAAGUUUUGCUUUUAUGAAUCACUACAGCUGUGUUUUGACAGGCUGCUUGAUUGUGAUAUUUUUUUUCAUGAAUUUACUCACAGAAAAGAUCUGAUGUGAUUGGUCAACAGACCAAUUUCUGUAAAAUUAUCAAAAUUUGGCUGCCAGUCUAAAUGCAAUGUUCUUCCUUGAAGAAAAAAAAAAUCAACUUUUAUUUUGAAAAAGCUUUCUUUUUGUCUUUUUUAAAUGUUUAGUUUUAGUCUUAAAAUAUUUCAAAAUGCUGUUAGAUUCCUGAACCAUUUUGUAUUUUGGUAAAAGAAAGUGUUUAUUUUCCCCCAUUUCAUUUUUGCCUACAUUUUUGUUUUCGAUUUAUUUGAUAUUAGAGUCAAUGAUGGAAAUGGGGCAGAUUGGUCCAGGAAGGAAACUAAGAAGCUUUUGAUAAUUACAUUUUUGUUAAGAGUGCUGAAGCAAUGCUUCUCUGUAUUACUCAGAUAUGCUUCCAUUCAUCUAUUUUUUUUGGCUCAUGCUUUUACAGUGGCCAUUUGUUAAACGUAUGACAUUUGACAGUACUUUACAGGUGUACGCUGAGGCGGUUUUAGAUUGAGGGUUGAAGGUAUCUGAUGGAUGUGUUUCGAUGUGGGAUUUAGAGGGCUUGUGUACGUAAUGAGGUUGGUGGUUGGUUUUCCUUGGGCGGAUGGAGGUUCUGCAACAAGGUACAAACUAGGUUCCUGAUCAGAUAUCAUGUUAUUUAAAUGUACCUUAGUGAUUUUCUUUUCCGUCACCAACUUGCAGUGUGUUGAACAUUUAAAAUUGGAAAAUAUGUAAGCUAAUAAUAAGCUGGGUUUCAGAGCCCUUUUUCAGAACUUGGAUGCAUGUGUGCUCUGAAUCUCUUUCAACCCAUGGUUAGUUCAGUAGAUCACACACUGGCUACCGAAACACCUCAACAUCCAAGUAAAUCAAUGAUUCUGGACAGUAUGCAAUAACAGUGUCCUUACAGUAUUUUUUCUUUUGGUUUUUAAAUGGAAAAAGUGCCUGUAGUUUGUCAAGCAUUCAUUCCUGAGUAUCUAGGAAGAGGGUAAGUAGUCAUGGUGUGUAGAGGUUAUUAAUGGUUUCUGAUAAUGACUAUAGUACAGUUGUUUCCACAAAUAAGUCAAUCACGUUUGAGGCGCAUGUUAUCACAAAUGUAUCGUAUAUUUUUCUACGGUGUUGGUAUGACCCUAAAGUUGGAGACUGUUCUGUCAGGAAGAUGAUGGAUGCUUUGGAAUAUUUUAGCUCAUAUAUGUUUUAAAUAAUUUUAUAAAGGGGCAGUUUUAUCAAGGUAGGUCUUUCAUCAAAGUAAAAUACUUUUAUUUUUAAAUGACUGGUAGGCAUGUAUGGUUUGCAGCUUUACGUCGCAUCAAGAGAAUGUCCUUAAAGAUUUUAGGAGGGAAGAUGAUGGUAUUUCUUUGCCUAAUUUCCUUAAUAUGAAACCAAAUUUAUUUGUGCUGAAUGGAAACUAUGGCUGGCAGUGUAGUUGUUAUAUGGUGGUUUUGAAGAAUGCCUAUCCUAACUAAUGGAGAAGUUUCAGAAUGUCAGUUGUAAUGUAGAGGAUCAUUUGGGAAUAUGACAUGGUAAAUCGGUUUGAAGUAUAAGGUAUGCGGAAUAACAGCCAAUGAUAUCUAUUAUAGUUAACACAAUUAAUCUAGAAUAACCAUUUUGUUGUUAUUUUAAGUGCUCUUAAUUUUCUUUGCCCAGCAUUAUUAGACACGUGACAUUUUUUGACAUUCUGUUGCUUUUUGCUUUUGUAUGGCGAUUCUCCAAAAAUUGUAAUUGUGAUUUUAAGUAGGCUUUGAUGAACUACCUCACACUAAAUUUCUACAAGUUCUUGAAUACUUAGUUGCCCACGUGAUUAGCUAUUGAAGACAUGUGAAUACAGAUUCCGUUAUUUAUUUAUUUGAAAGUGUACUAUUGUUCAAUGUUAGGGAACUUCUAGUUUUGUACAUUAUGUAUACUUCACCUAGAAGUAAAGAGAAUACUUUAUGUACAUUUCCUUACUUUUUUUUUUUUUUUUUUUUUACAGUUCAUGUGCAAUACCUUCUGCAAUUUUUGCUAGUAGUAAACUAAGUGAUCAAUCUAGCCCAUGUUAGUUUGUAUGUUUCUGAAGGUAGAGAAAUGUUUGGUACUGUCAAUCCAUGUUUUCCUUUUUUACAAAUUGGGAUGAUUCUCUGCGACUUUAAUCUAGUCAUGAUGUUAUGUAAUCAGUCCUAUACCAGUCCUUCUAAUCUGUGGCGAGGGGAAGCAUAGAGGGGAAUACAUUGUGCAUGGCCAAUAGGGUUUUGAUCGUUAUGUGGUAAGGCCAAAUAAUGAUAAAGAAAAAUGUAAGUAAUGCCUAAACACAAACUCCUAUAUGUAUGGUGCUGGUUUGUAAUGUUUGCUAGUGAAGCCAGCCAUGCAAUUAGUUAAUAAUUUUGUCUCUGUGCAUCCUGGACCGCAGCCAAUGAAAGGUGCACUACUACAAUAAAUGCACUGGGAUCUGAUGAUGCCAAAUUAGAAAAAAAAAAUGUACUGCAAAUAAAAGAGAACACAAUUUGAGUCUUUGUACAUUUA